AUGUUACAAAUAGACUUUGUCGACAGUAAGGGACGCUGCUUUGGCGAUGAAGUUGAUGAAGCAGAUUUAACAGGCGGAGUGCUUGACCUGUGGACGUUGGAAUGCAACGACGAAGCCAACGAAGACUUCUCAAGGUUGUCCAAAUUGCUCAACCAGUCCUUAGGGAAAUUGGAAAGCAUCAUUAUCCGAGAUGCUUGCCAAAUAUCACCACAAUAUCUCGCUCUACUGACAUCAUCAUGCAUUAAAACUAAUGAACUUCGACUGGAAGAAUGUACAUUGAAUGAUACUGUGUGCUCAUGCUUGAUGUCGAGCAUGACGCACCCGGAUGGAGUGAAGAAGUUAUCUAUAGAGCGUCCAGUCAAUCCUCAAGCUCUUUCAGCAUACCAAGCUCAGCUAAUCUUCAAGGGAUUGGCAUCUUCUUCUACACUUGAGAAACUCGAACUGUCGUUCCGUCUGGCAAAUAUUGAGGACUCUGGCAAGGCAUUGGCACAGGCACUGCAGCAAAACCGCAGCGUCAAGAUGCUGAAAUUGCAUACGCCCAAGCUCCAUAGUCGUGAAGUUCUUUGCGAUAUAUUCAAGGCUGCGACCAUGAAUGGUACCCUCGAAGUACUGAACCUAGAGUUGCAUAAAGGGGAACGACGCCUACCAUCGUCACUCUUGCAAGAGUGCCUAUGUCGGGAGCAUUGUUCUGUCAAGAGUCUAAUCCUGAAGAAUAUUGCUGUCGAUAGUGACUCUUGGGAAAAUACCAAGCAGAACACGUCGGUGACCACUCUUCACCUGGACGAAGCCAAUGUGACAUGCCAACAGGCAAUUGCAAUCGUCAGGUCGUUCAAGUCAUUGGAGCAUCUGAAUCUAGAUCACAACCCAUUCUUGGAGCUUGAGCCUUUGGAAGAUUUACUGCUUGAAGAAGGAUGUAAGUUGGAAACCCUUGUGGUGUCCAUGAAAUCCCAAAUUGACAAGCAUGACGAAUGGAUCAGAUUCUUUCAGAAAAUUGGAAGGAUGCAAUCCCUUAAGCGGAUUUCAUUCCCUGUUUUCGCAGUCGCUGAUUCGGAAAGCAAACAGACACUUUUAGAGGCACUUUACGUCAACACUAGCCUUGAGAGCACAUAUCUGAUGGAUGACAAGCACGAAUUUGAGCAAAACGUUUUCGUUCUUUUUUGCUACCACUUUUCAGUUCCCUUGAGCUUGAACAGAGGUGGGAGACGGGCAUUGCAAGAGCAGCCUACCGACCAACCUUUGCAACGAAAUUUGUGGCCCCUCGUUCUAGAGAGAGCAAUGCGAUUAAAAUACUAUUCGGUCCGAGACGAAUGGCAAGCUCCGAUAUUGAGAAGCCGUAGGUUGGAUGUCGUUUUCUGGUUGCUACGAGAGAAAUUAUUCACGUAA